AUAUAUUUCGAAUUCACAAGUGAAAAUUCAUUCAUGUGCUGCAGAGUUUUAUUUUCAAAAUAGUUGAUUUAGAAUGUCUUUCCCAAGUAAAGAAGACCGUACAAGGUGUUGGAAUCAUAGGGAUGAAUAUUGGAAGUGCCUUGAUGAUGGUAAAACAGAAUUAGAAUGCAAAAAAUUUAGAGAGCAGUAUGAAAAAUUUUGUCCUGCACUAUGGGUAAAACACUUUGAUCGUAAGAGAGAGUACUUGAAAUUCAAAGAGCAACUAGAACAAGGGGGGACAUGUACCCUUGAUGGAGAUAAAAUAGAGGGGCCUGAUUCAACUGCACAAACUUCAAAAGCAGUUUUUAAUUUUCAAACAACAAAUAUAAAUUCAUAUGAUUAGCGGACGGCAGUUUACUGAAAACGAACUU